CGUUCCGUUGUAUCAGCCGCUCCUUGGAUGCUGAGAUUUCAAAUCUUAAUCAGCACUGCCUCUAAUAUUAAUGUAAUUCACCGAUACAAGCGAGUUUGUUCGUUUAAAACGGUCGCUAAUUACCUUUGGAUGAGAAUUAGUGAUGGAAGUGCUUUAGUGUGUAAAUUUUAUCUCAUGAACCGAAGGUGGAGAAAUAUAAGAACUGCUGUAGAGGUUUGGUCUACCCAAGGUGUUGGAAUAAUUUCAACAGGCUCCAUUUAGCAUGGACUCGGUGCACUUUCAUACGUCUAUAGGUGCAUAACAGAGGUUGACGGUUAUAAAGAUUUGCAAGGAUCAUUUAUUAAUUCCAGUCGUUUCUGCAGCGGACUUGCGAUGCAGUUAAUGAGGCAACCUUUCGAAGGUGCUGGAUAUCCUAAAAUAACUUGUGAAAGAGAAGUUAUUAUUAUUCCAUAAAAAUGUUUGUACGUAGAGAAGCUUAUGAAGCUAUCACUAACGACAAAGCUUACUGAGAUUUGAGUGAAGUACGAAUAUUUACGUAGCUAUUGAACUAUUGAGUUUGCCUCGCGUGUUGACCAUUUCUAGGUUUUCUGCAUUAUCAUCAAUUAUUUGUAUAAGUUAUACUGAAUUGCGUAUGUAGAAUCAGCAAAGUUCAUCAUGCUGAAGUAUUCUGGCACCCCAAUCUUAGCGUUUUGCGUAUCGCCAGCUAGAUUCAAUUUCUUCCCAUUAGGCUACACAUCUGGACCAAAAAAUCGGCAAAUUCUUCUGCCUCCGAAUAACUUUGAUGGACGAGCAACGAACAGCAUGCAAAAACUCAAGAGUUCCUCCCCUAACACCACAACUAUGGUAUCUCGAGAUAAGUUAAAGCUUCAUUGUGAGCACUGCCGUUUUUUUUGGAUCCAUGACACCCUCGUCGUGAAGUGUCCGGCGUACCCUAAUGAGCAUAACCAACGUGAGAUCUGGCUCCAGCCGACGUGGACGUGGGGAAAGCAGCAGCCCUAUCAAUACUAUAAAUACCUUCCACUUACCGUAAAUCCACGAACACACAUGCCUCUUGCCAGAGAGGACGCGAAGUCCAUGAAUAAUGAACGUCGAGCGCAAGGGUUGACAACGCGAACACGUCUUUUGCAGAAGGAGAGGCGAGGGAUCUCACGCCAAAUUACCGGCUUGGGUAUUUACAGCCAACGCUGGCAAACCCGAUUUCCCUUCCCUUCGUAA